CAAGGGGUUUUGGUGCCAAUCCUCUGCCCAAGCGCAUGUUGUUUUCCUAGUCAAUGCUCAAUGUAACCGCACACGCUGCUGGCGAGCAAGCAGCUGUCCGGGUUCCACCAACCCCCGUUGUGGCAUUCGCCGUCUCACAAAUCCAGUUAGGGAAUGCGUUUUGAGUUCAAUGUCGAAAAUAGCCAGAGGCCUAAUACCCGCUUUGCAUGGCUACCAACAUCCUGAUCUCCGUUCGUCCCUUCGUCCGUUCGUCCAUCCAUCCCACACUAUCCAUCCACCCAUUCGUGCUUACUUGUACUUAGCUCGCUCAAUCCAACCGAAAAAGGACAAUAGACUAGCAGUUGCAAGACCCACUCGUACGUGCACCCAGCUCGAAAUAGUUGAACAAUGUGAGCAACUUUUGUCUCCGCCGUUUCAAGCUUGAUCUUCGAAUGAAAGAUCCUCCUGAUCUGUUAGAGAUUCCGGUCUCACCGACCGAAACGGACGCACAAGUAUGAGAUAGAUGGUAGUGCUUGGGCACCUCUCAUUGGAUUAUCCGCUAACAAAGAGAUAUGAACUUGUCGUGAAUAGCGACUCGCUGAAAGCGAGUGAGGAGACCAGGCCUGAACUUGAUUUGCCCAAGAAUCCGCCGAAAUUCCAUUGAAAACAUCAUUAUCCUAACUGUGAGCAAGAGGCAAUCACGACCAGGACUGGCCCGAGUGUCAUUGUGGUUGUAUUCACUAUUGCUUCUCGCCAUUGGAUCGUAUGACAUUUCAUGAUGUGAGAAUUGAAUAAGGGUGUUGUUGUUUUGUGUCGGGCUCUCAAAAACGCCCUGCCACAUUUCCACAGUUUUUAUAUGUCCACAAAGUGUUCUUUAUUGACGUUAGGCGUGCUUCCCAGUGAGUGAGAAAGCCGGCCGACGUUCGGCCUAAUACAUACUGUAGUAGUAAGAACUACGUGGACUACAUGCUCGUUGUCGGAACAGAACAGAGAGACUAAGUAAGCUGACAGCAACAUCUCGUACUAAAGCUGCUGGAUGGAGAGCACCAUGGAAGAAGAUCAAGGGAAAAAGGCGACGGAAACUCCCGUCCACGAGCUCACGUCCGAGGAAAAGUCGUCCAAGCCUCAGAACCUCGCUGACGAGAGUGAAGAGCCGGCAACAACAUCAUCAUCGGACGAGUUCAAUGGCAACAACGACAGUCAAUCUUCAGUUGGUGUUGCCAAAGAGGAGAGAACGGGUGUCGUACACCCAGUCGUGGUAAGAGUGCCAUCCAUAGUCAAUGAUCAUCAUCAUCAUUAUCUUCAUCAUCCCCAGCCCCAGCCCCAGCAACAACGAAAGGCCUUCAUCAGUGGGAUCAAGAUACCCAUUGGCCACGGUCUACCCGAGAGUGAAGACGAGUCCAACCAUCAAGGUGAAGUGCAAGUGCUGAAGUGUGAAUGUGCGUCAGACAGCUUCCUGGGUCAUCAUCAUCAUCAUCAUCCACCGUUUUCAUAUCAGUCGGCAUUUCCACCACCCCGAGUGGCUUUCAUUAUCUCCGAUGCUGAUCACAGAAGUCGUGUCACGCACAAUUCCGUCACGAGAAUCACGACUUUGAACAAUGGGGUGGUGUCCGUGGGAUCUUCAUCCCCGCGAAUGAUUUCUUCGCCCAAUUGGAACGGUAUCCCCCAUCACCACCAUCACCAACACGAGAACGACGUCUCCAGAGGAUCGCCGACGAACAAUAUGACCAGAAGUGUUCAGAAUCAAAACCGAAAUAACGCCCAGCAACAAAAUACCAACGAGGUCAAUUCUAAUCACAUCAUUAGUGCCAGUUCCACCACGGACCAUCGAAACUAUUCCAGUGACUCUCAUCGAGCCAUAACCUCAAGCAAAGAGCAGAGACGACGUGAAAGACGAGAACGUCGAGCUCGUCGCCACCAGCAACGAAACAGUGCCUACGGGGGUGAUCCCUAUUUGCAAGCUCUUUACUCGGGAUUGGUGCCGCUGGAUGGGUCUGUCCCACUAGAGGGUGUUCCCGAUUUCUUGCACUCCCAUAUUCUUCCUCCCCCGCCCUAUUCCACCCUCCCUGGAGGACGAAUUGGGCGUGGUCAUCAUCCUAUUGCCAUGCGCACUGUUCAACCGGCACAAACGGCCUCGCCUCGUUUGCGAGGUUGGAGGCAAACCGUCCUCCCCAUCACCGCUCAGGACUUUGGAAGAUCACAUUUCCGGCACCCUCCAUUCUUUGGCGAUGAGGAUUUCCGAGCGGGUGGAUCCGGAUCGGGCAAGAACUGCUGUGGAGUUCACGUAACUCAAACUGUCUCCAUCCGAUGGUUUAUUGUUAUGAUCGCCUUCUUGGGGAUUUGCUGCUCCGUGGUUGGCACGGUCUUGGGGGCCUUAAAGGCCUCCGGACGAGAACAUCUCACCGUAUCCUUACUCAUGAUAGGUGUUGGCAUUGUAUUAAUUACCGUUAGCGGCAUUGCUUGGCGACUCACAGCGACGGAUGCUCCGAGUUGUCGAGCCCUACUUGGGAUCGGUGGACCCUACGAGGAGGAUUAUACCCACGGGGGUCGUUUUCUCUCAAGGCCUCCCAUGGGAUAUAAUGGCCCUUACUCUGGUGGUGGUGGCGGUGCGGGUGGUGGAACCAGUGGUCAGCCUGCAGCUUCAGCGGCGGGAAGAGCUCAACAUCCUUAUGCAGCCAUGAUGUACUCUGACUUCAAUUAUCGCCCGCCGCCUCCAACGUAUCAAGCCAGUAUGCAAGAAUAUCGUCUCCGAUUACUCCUUAUGGAUCGACAGGGUGCAAACACGGGCGGGUCCGGAGGACCUGGAUUGGCCUCCGCCAAUGCCUGCAUAUCCCCUCCACCUCAGUACAGAGCACAGCUCAGAACUGCAUUGGCCAAUGCCAUGGUUCACAGUCGUCCGCCCAGUUAUCAGUCGCAAGUGUCCGAGCAACACCAAGUCAUAGUCCCGCCCAUCCCUGUUUCUAAUCACGCCCAGGGCACCAAUCGAUUUGCUCCUCAGUCCGGUUGGUCGGAGGGUGGGAAUGCCACCAUGACAACCACGACCACGACGUCGACUUUGGCCUCCACGUUGUCUUCAGCGCCAAACUCGAGUCCCAUCACGACCACCUCCGUAUCAGCGAGGGAUCCCCACCAAGUCCAUGUUCCUGCCUCAUCCUCCUCUAGUCAAAAUGGGGUUUCCACAUUGCCUCCCAAUUGGUCACAGCCUCAUCGAGCCUUGGUUCAUCACGCCCGGAUGAUAUCCGGAACCUCCCCCAAUAUUACCAACAUCAACAACAACAACAGUACUAGUGAGUCUAGCUCCUCCCUGUCUGUCGGCAUUCAUCACACUUUGCCCGUAAGCCAUCAUCGGUCCACGUCCAAUUCGUCCUCGCCUCAGAACUCGCCCAUGAAGAAGAGCAUGGCCGAGGACGAAGAGAGUGCCAUCGUGGCCGUGACUCAUGAUUACAUUCCGUCCAAAACCAACCGCUCCACCUUUGGAAAGAAGCGGUCAAAACAUGCGAAUCUUCAACCACAGCAUCAUCAUCAUCAUCAUUCACAACCACCCCAACAGCAGCCGCCAUCAAAUCCUCAUUCUAGUCUGGUCACGAUCGUAUCGACACCGGGCGAUGUGAGUGAUUCUUCCAAUCACACUCUGACGAACAACAUUGGCGAUUCCGUGAUUGUCACCGUAUCCGGAUCGAUCACGGAUUCCACUCAAUAUUUCCGGAGCUCGCCGGGAGAAGUGGAGAUCCUGGCCCACUUGUGACAAUUUCAAACCAUGUGAAUCCAUCGAAAUGACCGACCGCUCUGGUUACUCUGAACUUUCACAAUUUAGACAACAAUAUCAGAAUCAAAUGAUGACCUUUCAAAGACGAAUCAUGCAAAACGAACUGGAAACCUCUCUCAAAGAAUCCAUACCCACAAACAAACCUGGAACCGAUUCUAAGUCAAAAUCAAAGUCAGUCUUGAAAAAGAAGCAGUCAAUUGUUGACUCGUUUAGACGAAUAACCGAAUAACGCGUGCCACUUGGUCCAAUGUUUGUGUUGGGCAAGAGAGAGAGAGAAGAAACCAUUUUCCCUAAAUGUAUUUUUUUGAUUGCCACAUUUUCUACCAUAUUUUUAUCCCUGUCAUCCGUUCUUAACUUAACAGACCAAAGGGGUUGAAAUAUAAUCUAAAUUGAAACUA